AUCCGUCACCAGUUUGGGCCCGGUACCGCAAAUGUCGCCAAAAAGGGAAAAGAUGGGAGACUCGGGAAGUCUUCGCUUGAUCGCUUCUCGCCGAGCGAAGCUGAAGUGGGAUGCUUGCCAGUGCCACCACUCAAUUUCCUCCUUUCCUUCCCUUCACUCUUUGUUACAUACCACCCGCACACAGUUAGCCGCCCCCCAAUUUGAAAUUCCCUAUUCAGAUUUUGAUUUCUUGCUUGGCCGUGAUGGAUCGCCGUCGCGAUGACAGAGACGACAACGGCGACGAAGAAGAACAGCUUGCUCUGACUCCGAGCCGGCCAAGCAAGCGGCAGAAGAAACUGCUCAUCAGUAGUAAUGAUCUUCUGAUUCUUCCCACCAAACUCUAUGACUGGCUCCGCCACAAAUUCAUCCACCCUCUUCUCUUCCCGCCCCCUUCUCCAUUCCCGACUCCUUCUUCUUCUUCUUCCUCCUCCUCCUCCUUCUCCUCCUUGGAUUUGAUUCCUUUCAACAACAACAGCAGUAGUGCUCCUGGUUCGGGAUCGAGCAAAUACGACGUCUUCAUCAGCUUUAGAGGAGCCGAUGUUCGGAACUCAUUCCUCAGCCACCUCCACCAUCACCUCAACGAUUUGCGGAAAUUGGAGGUCUACAAGGACGAUGUGGAUCUGGAGAGAGGGGAGCAGAUCUCGCCGUCGCUCUUGCUGGCGAUUCAGCGAUCCGACGUCUAUAUUGUGAUUCUCUCCCCCAAAUACACCGAUUCGCCGUGGUGCUUGGAGGAGCUCGAGGAGAUUCUCCGGUGUACGAAGCUGCACGGACGGAGGGUCAUACCGGUAUUCUACGGCGUCGACCCUUCCGAAGUCGAGAGCCAGAAAUUGCCCUCUUCUGGCAGUGCUGAGGAAAUUCGAAGCUGGAGAUCUGCACUGCGUGAGAUAGCCAACCUCUCUGGUUUCGACUCCCAGGUCACCAGACCUGAAACUAAACUCGUGGAGGAAAUCACCAAAGCGGUAUUCAUAGCAAUACGCGCCGGCAGCCAGAUGGUAAAGUUUUCAUCAUAUUCGGCUAGCAGAGGUUUGGUUGGAGUAGAGAGGAGGAUACAGCACAUUCAGCGGCUGUUGUGCUCGGAUGAGAGGGCUAAUUUGACGAUUGGACUGUGGGGAAUGGCUGGCAUUGGCAAGACUGCUCUUGCUAAGGCUUUCUACGACUUAUUCUCCUGCCAAUUCGAAACUUGCUACUUCUUCAGUGAUUUUGCAGACGAAAUCGCAAGCCGGCUGUCUCUGCAGCCAUUUGGUAACUUGCAAAGCGACUUCUUCUCAAAGUUGUUGCGCGAUGAUGAGAAUGGCAGAGCUGUUGGAACAUUAUCUUAUGAUUUGAUGCUGAACCGCCUUGGUCGCAUGAAGGCUUUGGUGGUGAUCGACGAUGUGGGUAACGAUGUGGGCAACAUUGUACGGCUCAAGGAUUUGUUAAAUGGACAGUACUGCGAUUUGUUUGGUGCAGGGAGUGUAGUCAUCAUGACCAGUAGGAACCAACAACUUCUCAAGAGUGUUUGUCAUCAUGUAUAUGAAGUCAAGGGUCUGGAUGAUGCGGAAGCGUUUCGGCUUUUCUGCAUGCAUGCCUUCAAAGGGAAUGAUCCCCAAUCCGAAUACAUGGAGAUGGCUUUGAGGGCUGCAAAGUACGUAGACGGUAACCCACUAGCAAUUGUUGUGUUGGGGGCACACUUACGUGGUCGGGACCUCGAGUUUUGGGAUCGUGAGCUAGGCGCCUUGCAAGAUAAUCUGAAUCCAGUAGUUGAGACUGUCCUGAGAAGAAGUUACGAUGGAUUAAGGCCUGCAGAGAAAGUUGUGUUCCUUGAUCUUGCCUGUUUUUAUGACAAUGAGGGUAUUCGGUAUUUGGAGAUACUUGAGGAAAUGUCUUCAGAUGGCGGGAAUGUGAACCUCAUCACCAACCUUGUCGAUAAGUCUCUUGUAAACGUAUUUGCUGAGGAUGGUGGUGUAUUUGCAACAAUGCCUAGUCUGCUACGUGACCUUGGUAAAAGCAUUGUCAAUGAACAACUGCAAAUUGAAAAACGUACGAGGUUGUGGAAGCCUAGAGAUCUGUAUUACCUCUUCCGGGCAAACAAGGGCACUCAAUCAAUUGAAGGCAUCUUAAAUAAAACGGUUGGCAAGUUUGAUUGUUCCACAUGCAUACAAGCGGAUGCAUUUGAGAAGAUGGAAAAUCUGCGAGUCCUUGUGAUUGAAGGUGAUGAUCGCUAUCUAUCUCUGUCCGAAGAUGGGUUGAAAUGUCUACCAAAUGCAUUGAGAAUUUUAGAGUGGCGCUAUUUCCCAUCAAAAUAUUUGCCACCCCAAUUCUCUGCUGAAAACCUUGUCACACUUGAUUUGUGUCGCAGCAAGAUUGAACAACUUUGGGAAUGCGAGUGCAAUGUGGAUUUAGGGAAUUUGAAAUUCCUUUUUCUUGCUGGAUCCAGAAGCCUGGUCAAGUUGCCUAAUCUCUCCAGUGCUAAAAGACUCAAAGUAAUUGAUCUGGCUUCCUGUGCGAGCUUAGUUGAGCUUCCCACGUCAAUUUUGGAUCUCCCCAAGUUGGAAGAACUCGACGUGAGAGAAUGCAUCAACCUGAAGUUGGAUAGCUUGGAAAACCAUGCAAACAGCAGCCGAGAACAUAAUACUGGUCAUUCUACUUUUCUACCCAACCUGAAAAAGUUGAAUCUGAGCAGGACAUCAAUUCAGCAGGUUCCUGAUUUCAUCUGCCGGUUGCAUAUUGUGGAACUCCUAUGCGAUGACUGCCCAGAGUUGACUGAAUUUCCAGAGUUGACUGAUUUUCCAGUCAUCCCAAGCCUGGAGAAAUUGGUGUUGACUGGUAGUUCGAUCCAAGAGAUGGUUGAGUUUGAGAAGUUGACAGAGUUGAAGCACCUCAAUCUUUCAAAUAAUAAGCAACUUGUUCUCUUUGCUGGUGACUUCUCCAAGUUGAAAUCUCUGGAAAAGAUUGAGCUGGAUGGUUGUUGCAAAUUGUCCGGCCUUCCUGACAGCAUUGGUCAUCUCGUACGGUUGCCUAAGUUGAGCCUCAGGGGUUGCAAAAGUCUAGCCAGUCUUCCGGACACCAUCCACAAACUGAUUCAUCUGGACGCACUCGAUCUGGUUGGUUGUGAUCAACUCAGGCAUUUGCCAGAGCUUCCUUCAUGCUUGAGAAAUUUGGAUGCACAAGGCUGCAAGUCGCUUCAGACCUUGUCAAUCGGCAUUGUUGAGAAACUUGACUUCACAAAUACAACCUGGAGCUUUGCCCAGUGCUGGAAGCUGGAUCCAGGAGUAUGUAGUAAGCUUGUGGAUAAGUUCGCACAAGAUUCAGUUCGAGUCUCUCAACGCUCGAGCCUCUUACUCCCGGUAAAAUGGUGUACAAUGGGAUCUAAUGAUAGCAAUAAUAACAAGAUUGUGACAGCAAAGCUGCGUGGACAACCAUGGAAGCCGAAGUCGACAAUUUUCUGUGCUCUGGUAAACUCCCCUGAUCCCCUUCUCAUUAAUCAGGACGACAAGUUCCUGGUUGAGUGGCAUGUUGAGUGCGUGAUGCUCAACAAUAAGGACAGUGCUGGGCCUGAAGUUGUUGUGAGCUCUUGCUACUGGAAAUCUUUCCGAGAAUGUGGAGAUCCGAAGGAGGAGGAGCGUCACCCAAAUGGUCAUUUCUUGGUAUGGUCUACUAGUGGACCACUUGUCGAUGGGGAAAAUGCGGAUGAUGGUUCAACCUUGAAAUUCUUCUUUCGACACAGCUACAAGACUAAGGAUGGAUCCAGGACACUCAAUUUGAUCAGGAAUGGCCGGGUUAUUCCUGUUUAUGAUGACAGAGUGGUGACAAACGAAGAAAAUGAUGAUGGCGAAGAAGAUGAUGAUGAAUCUCCAAACGACCGCCUGCAGGGAUUAUAUGAUCAGUUGUGUGCUCACCCACCAUCGAUGAACUACCUUGCAGAGGAGACAUGAAACUACAAGUCAAAUGCAAACUGCAUCGACGUUUGGAAAGAGAUGCUUGGUUCCUGGGGAUGUCGAUCUGAGUGUAAUGUAAAAGUUAUUCGAUAUUAUAUAAUAAUUGUGUAAUACAAAUUUGGGUUAAUACUUAAUAUAUUUGUAUGGCCUGAAUUUUUCACAUAAUAAAUCUCC